AGCCGCUCUGGCCCGCUGUCUCAAGAAGGGACCGCAGGCAGCACGCCGCCCGCGCGCUCGUGCAAGGGCUUGCGCGGACACUCUGCUGCCGGCCAUGUCGACCAUACCUGCGCGCCAGAAUGCCGACCGCGCGGUGAUGCAGAGGCAGAAGAAGGAGUUCAUCCACGAGGGCCGCAUGGCGGCCCAGGCCGUCGCCUUCAAGGACGGCCAGAAGGCACUCUUCGAGAACAAGACUGCUGCCGUGAUCCGCACCAACAACGUGCGCGCCAAGGCGCUCGCGAUGCAGAGGCAGCACGAGCAGCAGCUGCAGAGUCGCAGGGCACUUCUGGCCGACAAGCUGGCCGAGGAGCGGCAGGCGCUGGAGCAGGAGAUGGUUGACAAGGAGGAGACGCCCCAGCAGCGGACCGAGAAGAUGGCCGCCCGCGCCUACGAGCUGAAGAAGCGGCGCGAGGACGAGCGGAAGGCGAUAGUGCAGGACAAGCUGUACCAGCAGUGGCGCAGCGGACUGGACGACGUCCGCAGCAUGGACUCGAAGAUCGUGCAGCUGCAGGUGAUCGCCGAUCGCGACUCGCAGCUGGACGAGAAGGCUGCGCGUAAGGAGGAGGAGAAGCAGCACGACGAGUUCUACAACAAGCUGUGGCAGGAAGGGUACCUUGCCAAGAUCGAGCGCGAGAGGCAGGAGAAGGAGGCCGAGAAAGAGAGGAAGGCGCAGAUGGUCAAGGUCCUAGAGAUACAGAAAAGCAUGAAGACCCAGCGCGUGGAGGAGGAAAAGGUGGUAGAGGCUGAAGAGGCCACCGAGAUGAAGAAGGUUUGGACGGCGCAGGAACAGGCUGAAAAGGAAGCACUGGUGCAAGCGAAGAUCCGAGCCAAGCAGGAGCGCGCGAAAACGGAUGAGUACAUGGCUGUCCAGAAGGCACACCGCGACGCGGACGAGCGCGAGGAGAAGGAGUUCGACAAGGCUUUCGUUGAGGAAGUGAUCGCACGGGAGCGGAAGCUCGCGGAGAUCGAGGAGGCAGAGAAGAAGAAGGCCAACCAGAAGGCACGCGCCUUCACGGAGGCGCUGAAGAUCGAGAUGGCCAGGAAGGCCGAGUCCGAGGAGCAGCUCGUCCGGCUUCAGCACGAGGAGUCGGAGCGGCAGUGGCAGAAGCGCUACGACAAGUGGGAGAAGGAGGAGCUCGCCCGCCGGAAGCUGAUGGAGGAGGUGUACGAGGACCGCGCCUCGCAGCUCCAGAUGAAGGAGGAGCUGCGCGAGAAGCUGAAGAACGAGCUGAUGCAGGAGAAGGCCAUGAUCGAGGAGGAGCAGCGGCGCCUGGACGCCCUGGAGGCCGCCCGGCUCGAGGGGGAGAGGGCCAUGCACCAGAAGCACGCGGAGUCGAACCUCCAGCAGCGGCAGUACCAGGAGGUGGCGCGCCAGAAGCGCGAGCACGCGCACGCCAUCGAGCAGCGCCAGUCGGCCAUGGCCGAGAACAAGAUCAGCCGCGCGGUGGAGAAGGAGAGGGUGGAGUCCACCAAGAUGAUGGCCGAGAUCCUCGAGAAGCGCAACGCCGGACUCGCCGCCAAGAAGUCGGGCACGCUGGCGCCGUGGGACAAGUAGCGCCGGCGGCAUCGAGUGUUGCGGUGUCGAGGCGCUGUUCGUGCUGGCUGACCGGCUUCACGGACUUCCGCUCCCGAUCCUUCCCCUGACUCUGGCCACCUGCCAUGUUUCACCCCUCGGCUUUGCCGAAUUGGCCCUGGCCGUUGCCUGCAGGGCCUCUGAGCGGUCGUGGGUGGCACGAUGUGCUGGCCACCGCUGAACCUUGAUGGGGAGGGCUCGGAUCAUUCGUGGCGAGGCGCAUCCUCUCCCAAAUAAGUCGCACCUGGAAGUAUCAGUAGCAAAGCGAGAGCAGGAGUAAAAGUAUGAUUGAUCCAGGUGCGUCGCUCGGGUUAGCCAGGAUGCACCCUUCCUUGACGUGUUGUUAGGCUGCCAAGAUCCUCCGGGCGCAGCGAUGCUCGCAGUAAAGCGCACGCAGGACGUGCGAGACCACGGUCCGCAGCGCAGAACCUGGGAGGAAGCGGAGCUCUGUCCGCAGCUGUCGUCUCCAGGCUCUGGCUGGCUUCGUGGCCCCAGCGUUGGAGGUGCGCCGGGUCCCGGUGCGCCCACGCAGGGCCCCACGGGAGAGAGGCCGUCGGCGCAACGAUCGAGGCCUGGCAGGCUCGGCGCAUCUCAUCUUGGACUGCGAAGACGGACGGAUGUGCGGCUCCUCC